AUUACAUUUCCUAUUAAUUUACUGUCUGAACUGCUGUUUACUAAUCGCUUCAUAACCCCUGGUCUGUGAGAUGCAUGUGUGAGGAGAUCAUUACAAUAUGUGGCUUCCUCUGCAGCUCUGAUGGAAGCAAGCAGCAGAGUGGCGGUGCAGGUGUUGCUGUUGACGUUGAUGGUUCAGGUCGCCCUGUCCCAGCACUGGUCCUAUGGAUGGCUUCCAGGUGGGAAGAGGAGUGUGGGGGAGCUGGAGGCGACCAUCAGGAUGAUGGGCACAGGCGGAGUGGUGUCUCUUCCCGAGGAGGCGAGUGCCCAAGCCCAAGAGAGACCUCGACCAUACAAUGUAAUUGAUGAUGGUCCCAGGCACUUUCACCGAAAGAAAAGGUUCCCUGAUAAUUGAAGAGAAGGAAGCAACACACUGUCUUUACAUUGUGAUGGGUCGGAAUGCAAGAUGUUGACUUCAAUGAAUGUAUU